UCUCAUCUUUAUACCAUGGACCGCUUCAACGACAAGUCCGAUCAACAAGCCGUUGCAGGCGUUCAAGACAACUUCUUUACACAAGAGGUUAAGAUACAUCUAAAAGACGAUGGGUUGGGCAAAUACAAGAUUGAAAAUGACAAUUUCGCAGAAAAACUUGAAAACUCACGUUAUGCUUCAACAGCAGGCAAGAGGUUCCAGAACAGCUUUACCAGCAAAAAGACUGAGGUAGAGGAAACUUUAAAGCGAAUUCAGGCCCACAAGGGUGUAGUCGGUGUGUUGAUCAUGAACAGCGAAGGUAUUCCAAUAAGGACAACACUUGAUAAUGCCACUUCAGUACAAUAUGCCGGCCUUUUUCAACAACUAGCCAACAAAGCUCGUACCACAGUUCGCGAUAUUGAUCCUCAGAAUGAACUUACCUUCCUGAGAAUUCGCUCCAAAAAGCAUGAAAUCAUGGUUGCUCCAGACAGAGAAUAUUACUUGAUUGUCAUCCAGAACCCAAAUGUUAACCAGUGAUAACCAGCAGGAUUAUAAAUAUUGACUUUUUUGUAUAUACUGUGAUGCCUUGUACAUGAUAUUGUUUAUGUCUAAUUAUUAUUUCCCUUUGCACAUGUGCAGUCUGGUAAAUCCCUAGUAUAUGAAUACUUGGGUGUAUUGCAUUCUCAAAAAUAACCUCUUUGGUCUUGUCUAAUAAAUUAAACUAUUAAAAUAAUUGAAUGUGA